AAACCAAAACCAAAACCAAGACUAAAAAAUUCCAGUGAAGAGAUUACAGAGAAGAGUGCAUUGCCUUCUCGGACCUCCCAACUAGGGUUUCCGUUGUGGGACUUCCGAAGAUUCUUUUAACAAAACGGACGCUUCUGUUUUUCCCUAAUCAAUAAAUGGCGACGGAGGCAGACACCAAGGCGGACAGAGUACAGAUAUUCUUUCGCGACCUUGAGAACCAAAAGGUCGUUUUAUCAUCGUGCACGCAGCUAUUCACAGCACUAUCUAACCACUUUGCUUCUCUCCAAGACUCCCUCUCUCAGAGAUCCCAAUCAAUCGAAUCCAAAUUCCAAUCUCUGGAAUCCAAUGCCAAAGAAACCCUUGACUCUCUCUCCCUCCGCGAGAACUCCAUUUCCGGACGAGAGUCUGCCGCCACCGCCCGCAUCGAAGAGCAGAAGGAGGUGGUUAUAUCUGAAUUCCGAAACUCAGAUAAGUACGGUUGGCGGGAUUCCUUGAAAUCGUUUUGCCGGAAAAUGGACUCCACAGGGUUGGUGAAAUUCAUUAUCUCCAAACGCAAGGAGUCGGUAGCUUUAAGGGCCGAGAUCGCGCCUGCAAUAUCAGAAGCUGUGGACGCGCCUAGGCUGGUUUUAGAUGCGUUGGAAGAAUUUCUUGAGCAGAAAAGGGAGAAGGUGGGAGUUACGGAUAAGCGGUGGGCGUGUACGAUGGUUGUGCAGGCGCUUUUUGCGGAGGUGAAUAUGCAGUUAGACACGAAAAAGGCGCCGGACUUCUCCAGGAGCGUGGUGGGGAGGGCGCAGAGGAUUUUGAAUCAGUGGAAGGAGAUGGAUGGGGAGGGAGGAGGUACUGGCGGGAUCGUUGGGCCUGCGGAGGCGGUUACUUUCUUGCAGAUGGUGGUGGGCUUCGGGUUGAAGUCUUGUUUCGAUGAGGAUUUCUUCAGGAAGCUGGUGGUGGAGCACUCCGCGAGAAGGGAUAUGGCUAAACUCUUCGUAGCUUUAGGACUUGGGGAGAAAAUGACAGAUGUUAUUGAUGAACUGGUGAAGAAUGGUAAAGAGAUAGAAGCCGUGUAUUUUGCUUCUGCAUCCGGUUUGACAGAAAAGUUUCCUCCCAUUCCUCUUCUGAAGUCCUAUCUGCGGAAAUCCAGAAAGAAUGCAACCACUAUCUAUGGUGCAGCUGCAACGGAAGUUGAAUUGAAUUCUAUUAGAGCUAUCAUCAAAUGUGUAGAAGACCACAAGCUGGAAUCAGAAUUUUCCCUUGAAAGCUUAAGGAAGCGGAGUGGUCUGCUUGAGAAAAUCAAGGCAGAGAGGAAAAAAAGCUCUCAAGCUCCUGCUAGACCUCAAAAUAAGCGAAGCCAUGGUGCUAGUGUGGGGCAGGGCAGUGGAACACCUGCCUACUGUCCACCUAAAGCUGCCAAAUAUUCAAAUGCUCAUCCCUCCUUCAGCCGCAGGAACCCUGCCCUUCCUUCACACCAUAGCCCUGCUGCGAGGGAUUCUGGUCCCUACAACUACUCUCGCCAGACUAUAUACGAGGCGCCUACUGCAAACCCUUAUGCGUCAAGUUAUGGGGUACCCCACAAUCAAAGUCCUGCUGCGAGGGAUUCUGGUCCAUACCACUAUUCUAGCCAGAGUAUGUACGAGGCGCCUACUGCAAACCCUUAUGCAUCAAGUUAUGGGGUACCCCACAAUCAAAGUCCUGCUGCAAUUCCUCAGCAACACCAUACACUCCCCGUGGACAAUGUGGAUGGAGCUGGUUAUAGUGCUGGUGGUUCUUAUGGGAACCAGACAAGCUAUGGUGCAUAUGACUAUGGCUCAGCUGCUCUACCUACUUACGAACCUUCAUCGUACCAGCAGCAGUAGACAAAAUAGUAGCCAAUCGAAUAGGGGUUCCGUUUUGUAAUCUUCAGCAGUGUAUAAAUGCAUAUUUUUGGAUUUUCUUUGCAUCUUAUUCCAUGUGCCUUCUCAAAAAUCUAUCUAGUGUAAAAAUGUGUUCCAAGAUUCAACAUAUGUUGUUUUUUUUUUCCUUUUGUUUGGAAGUCUUAAGUUGAUUUGCUGAGGA